AUGGGGCCUCUCAAGGGCAACUCCAGCGGCUCCCACCGCGGCCCACACGACGCCACCGCCGCGUCUCUCUUUCACGUCCACGGGCCAAACCUCACCGACACUUCCCUUGAGUCCGCUGACAUCGUACAGCAGCUCUUGUCCAUUGCUGGGGGUGAUUUCUCGAGUAUCACCGUCGCAGAUGGCUCUGAGCACACCUCGUGUGCCCCUAUCACGUUCUUUUCGUCCUCCACCAACCUCACUCGCGCCGCCGGUAGCGGAGGGGAGGCGCGACCGUCGACGACGAUGACCGUGUCGGCGGCAGUCUCCACCAGCCCUUACUCGGUCUCUCUCUCUGCCUCUUCACUCCCGCGAGCAGCGCGCGUUGGGAGUGAGGUCCGCGCGCCAAACGCACUGCUGGACGGCAUGUGCGGCGAAGACGACAACAGGGUCCUCACCAAUUCAGAGGCCAGCGAUUUCUACCUGACCGCCCUUGUUGCCCAGGCGCUGCACCUCGAGGACUACUGGGUGCACCUCGGCCACCAGAUCGAGGUGGAUCAGCACGUUGAGUUUAUUCAGUACUGCGCCAGGGAGGGCUUCGGGGCGCUCAAGACGGUUCAUCUGCUCGGUUGGUGGCGGCAGUACCGUUCGCUGGUCCGUGGCGGCGCCGAUGUACCCGCAGGAGCGGCCAUCGGAUCACUGCUGCUGUUUGACGGCAACCCACAAAAGACUGCCCCACCGCCCCACUUCCACGGCGGCGGAGCGGGUUGUGGUAGCGCCGGUGGUGGGGAGCUCGGAUUGACUGGCAGCGCCAAAGCACCGAAGAAGGGGUGUCGUUUGAGCACGUCCGUGGUGGCGGGGGUGCCAUCGAGCGUAGAGCAGGAUGGCGCUGCGGGGGCCUCGCCGCUGUUGUACGCGACGCACGCCGAGGCGCUCCUUGGGGAGCUGCAGCGGUUCGUCCAGUGGGAGCUGGAGCACGAGUGGGCGUGGCGGCAGGUGCCCCGCGAGCCGGUCACGAGCGCAGCUGUGGCACUCACGUCACCGCAGGCGGCAGGCUUGAGCAGUGGCCCUCGUCGCACCACUGCAGGCGUGACGGCUGUCGGCGCGGCAAAGGCGUCCCGCGCGGAAAAGGUGAAGCUGCAGCAGCUACAGCAGCAGGAGAUGGAGGCUGAGGAGCAGCGGCUGGCACGCGUAGCGGCCAUGCCGCCGGAGAACAUCUUCUUGGCGAAGGAGGAGCUCGACGGCUUCUUGCAGUUUGUCGUGGAGGAGGACCUUCUCUCGCACACCGCUCUGCACAUUUAUAUGACUUCGCAUGCUGAGCAGCCCAUGUGCACCCUCUCACGGUCGGCGCGCGCUCCCGUGUGUUUCUCGGUGCAGGUGGAGACGCCAAUGCCCGUGCUGCCGCUACGGGAGGCCACUCGUCUCUCUGCCCUUCCACGGGGUGGUGGCAGCAUCAAUGCGUCCGCCUCGCCCACUCCACGCUAUGGCGCAAUGGGUGGCGAUGCGACCACUGGUGGCAGCGCGGCGCCGCAACAGUCUCCUUCCGCGAUACCCGCCGUGGGGCACGGCAAGCCGGUGAGUGGGCGCUCUCGCCCGUACUCUAAGCACUCGAAGAAUUCCUCCAAAGACGCCGCUGCCGCUGCCAUCGCUGAGGCCGAGACUGCUGCCGCCUCUGCUCCCCCCGCGGCGCCCGAGUUGGCGGUACCGCUUACAGCCAUGGAGGCCCUACGUGCCGAGCAGGCCAAGGAGGCAGCGGCGUACCAAGCUGCCUACAACGAGGAGCUUGCGCAAGCGGCGACUCGUGAACGAGCUGCGCAGCAUGCCGCAGACGUGCAUCUUUUCUUUGAGAAACCGAAGACGAACGAGGCCGUGCAGGCGGUGUACGCAAGCAUCGAGGAUGCGAUGGCUGCGCGGCAGCAGCGCAUCCUUCAGCGUGUUGUGGCUCUGGAGCGCGGGCUAGGGCUAACGGUGCCAUUGGCUGGCGCCAAUGGGUUUGGUGGCGCUGGCGCUGCUGCUACUGAGCCAAAGCCGACGAGCGCACGCGGGGCGAGUAGCAGCAGCUGCAGCACCCCCGCGAAGAAGAAAGCGAUGUAG